UGCCCAGCAGCUGGUCCUAGCGUCCUUUUCUCGCCGUAUUUAUCAACAAUUCGGGGAAAAUUUGAAAUUGAAAGUAGAUUUACAAUGCAGCCGAAACUGUGUCGGGCUUGUGGGAAGUCCACAAAUGUGGAAAAAUCAAUAAAUAUGUUCGAGGAACAUAAUCAAUCUAUAUUGGAACACCUCACCUUGCUGACAGGGGUUUCGUUCGAAAACUGUACAGUUCUACCGAAUCUACUGUGCGUUUGCUGUCAAAUAAGAACCAGCCAGGCCAUAUCAUUCCGGGAGCGCUGCUUGGAGGUCCAGCGGGAACUGCUCGAGUCGCUGAACGACGAGGACCUGCUCAAGAUACCCGAUGACUACAGGAGAAUAUUCGAGCCGGAGGACCAUUCGCUACAGUCUCAGAUUAGUCUGCUAAUCGAGGAAGUGGAGGAUGGAGAUGGCUCAGAGUGUGAAGCCGAUUUAAAGGAAUUUCCCAGUGAACUGGAGCUUCCAAUAAAAUCUGAAAGCAGGGAGGAUGAGGAAAACAAUGAUAUUAACAAUGAGAAAUAUAGUGAUAUGUCUGAGAGCGAUAAAGAAAAAGAAGAGGAACUGGUACCAACCCCAAUGUCAGCAAAUACCAGGGGCAGACGAAGGAAGCCUUUGCAAACCAACGGAAUAUUUGUUUGCGAGGAGUGUGGGAAGCACAUAAAGGGAGAGAAAUCAUUUACACUUCACUGCAAUCGUCAUCGCGGCGUCAAAAAUUAUGCCUGCGAACUCUGCAAGGACAGCUUCUUAACGACGUCGGAGCUCAGGCGUCACAUACGGAAACACACCGGGGAGAAGCCCUUUGGCUGUCGCCACUGUUUCCGCUGCUUCUCAGACUUCAGCUCGCGACUGAAGCACGAGCGAACCCACACGAAUACCCGGCCCUUUGUCUGCAAGGAGUGUGGCCACGCCUUUUACACCGCCUACGUACUCAAAAACCACAUGCUCAUACACACAGGCGAGCGUGCUUUUAGGUGCGAUUCUUGCAAUAAAUCCUUCAGUCGCGACAUACACCUCACCACUCAUUACCGCUCAAAAGCCCACAAACUCAAGGCAAGGGAAGAGAACAAGCUGCUUUCGGCAGAGGAAUCGAAAUAAUAAUAUUUAUAAGGAGAGCUCAGUGAGCAGCAGUAUUACGAAUAAUUUCAACAAGGCCAUC